AUGUCUUCGGACGAAGAAAUUGAGGAUACCAGUGAGAAUGUGACUGUGAGUAUAUUUAUUUGUAUUUUUUACAAAGAAUUCUGGGCUUCAAAAAUCAUAAAAAUGAGUCACUGAUAAUGAUUGAUUUUUAUUUUUAUUGGAAAUUUAGAAGAAAAGGAUAAAAAAUGUGUGUAAACAUCAACCCUACAGUAUUCUGUGAAAAGAAGUAUAGCAGGAACCCCGGGAAUCACAGAAUUUUUGAAAAUUUCACAAACGUGACAAAUUUGAAUUUAAAUUCGUACGCAAAAGUGCGUCUCAGUGUUUGCACACAAAAAACCUUGGAGGAAAUUUAAAACAAAUCAAAAAAGCAAAAUAUUACCAAACAUCAAAGGAUGCACCUUAUUCGUAUUCGCAUUCGUAUUAUUAUUUAUUUAUAUUUACCGUUGCUCUUGAUGAGAGAGUAUUAAAAAAUGAGAGAGUGCAAGAGAGGUUGAGAGACAGAUGCGCACCAGCCGACAGUGAGCUGUCUCUUCCUUUUAUUAUUAUUUUAUUUUAUUAUUACUUUUUUGGCUGGUUAGAACAACAUAGAAAUUAUUAUUAUUAGUAGAAUAAUUAUUGAUUUAUUUUUGGCGUGUAAGUUACCAAAAACAAAUAUUUUAAUUUUUUUUGAAAAUUCAUAUUUUAUUAGUUUUCGCGUGACGUUCACGUUUCAUUUCCAAAUUUGAAAUUUUUGUUGAAAUGUUAUUUAUUAUUCGAAAAAUGAUUCAAAAUGGCGUUGUUCUGUAGAGCGAACUUGCAUUUCUGAAGAUGGAGGAAGAAUUCUUAUCUAUACGAAGAAAUAAAUCUGAUAAGAAGACGGAGAGGAAGUUAUGAAUUUUUGGAAGACAUCAGAGCCUCAGAAAAGAAUCCGGUUGUUUAAUUUAGUUUUCAGUGAUACAAAAACAAAAUUUCAUAAAAAGUAAUUUAAAAUUACAAAAAUGAAGCACUAAAAAUUUUCCCAGUCUCCCAUACUCACACCUUUGUUAAAAAAUAAUAUUUUUACAGAUGUCGUGGAUGUUCCGCACACUUUCCGCCCGUUUUUCUCGAAACCGCAAUCCACCACGCAACAAUGCUCCACAAAAUUCGCAUUCCAGCUCAUCGGUAACCGAGCCAAGUUUUGACACAAAGAAAUUUGUGCAAUGCAAAGUUUUACUUCUCGAUGGAGCGCAUUUGAAUAUUGUUGUGCCUGUAGGUUUUUUUUUGAAAAGAGGGAGGGGUGACAGGGGCUUGCUAAUAUCAUUUCAGGUUCCCUGAUAGCCUGAAAUGAAAUUGAGGAAGGUUAAGCUUUUAAGAUUGUUCCUCUCCUGUUCCCAAAAUCCUAAGUCAACUCAUUUUUCCCAUUUUUUCCAGAGAAAUGCGCAAGGAGCCGAAUUAUACGAAGAAGUAUUCUAUUCUCUUGAUUUGGAAGAACGAGAUUAUUUCGGAUUGCAAUUCACCGAUCAUUAUAAUGUUCAACAUUGGUUGGAUCCAUCGAAAAAAGUAGUGAAACAAGUCGCCAUUGGGCCACCAUUCACAUUAAGAUUUCGAGUCAAAUUCUUCACUUCUGAACCAUCUAGCAAUCUCAAAGAAGAGCUUACACGAUAUCAAUUUUUCCUUCAAAUCAAAUCUGAUGUUUCAACAGGAAGAUUAGCGUGUCCUGCUCAAUUUGCUGUAGAUCUUGCAGCCUUGGCACUUCAAUGUUAGUUUGAGAAAAAUUAUUAUUGAAAAACAAAAAUUAUUAAUUUUCAGCAGAGCUUGGUGAUUAUAAUCCAAUUGAACAUACACCAAUGUUUAUUUCGGAAUUCCGUUUUCAUCCGGAACAAGAUGAAAAAAUGGAAAUCGAGAUUCUCGAAAAAUACAAAUUGUGUCGAGGACAAACUCCAGCUCAAGCCGAAUUGAAUUAUUUGAAUAAAGCAAGAUGGAUUGAAAUGUAUGGAGUUGAUAUGCAUACUGUAGAAGGUAAAGAUGGAAAUACUUAUCGAUUGGGUUUAACACCACAGGGAAUGUUGGUAUUUGAUGGAAAUCAGAAAAUCGGAUUGUUUUUAUGGGAGAAAUUGCAAAAAUUAGAUUUCAAAAAUAAGAAAAUCACUUUGGUCGUUGAAGAAGACGCGGAUAUGUCGGUGAGUUUUCAAAAAACAUUUUUCCACGGCAUUUGAACUUAUGUAUGUGAUUUUGUUUAGAACAAUGGACAAAUCCAAUUGCACACUUUUGUAUUUAAUUUGAUCUCGGAAAAAGCUGCGAAACAUUUUUGGAAAUGUGCAAUCGAGCAACACGCAUUCUUCAGACUUAAAUCGAAGCCAAUUCCAACUGGCAGGAAAAUGCAAUUUUUCCGAUUGGGAAGCACAUUCAAAUAUAGGUGAGGAAUAUUUGGAAGUUUUUGAGUGGGAGUCGAUGAAUCGGGUUGGCCCCGAUUUCAAAAAUUAAAUUUCACUCACAUUUUUCCAGAGGUCGUACUGAAUAUGAAACUGUUCACAAAGAAGGUGCCCGUCUUUCCCGCCGUCAAUCUUGUUCUUUCGAACGCCGUCCAAGUCAAAGAUACGGUCCUCGACAAUCCCAUUUAACAAAUGCCCAGAUUCGCGAAGCAAAACGAGCCGAAAUUCGACAACAAAUCGAGCAACAACGAGAACCUGCACCACCUUUGCCACCAGCUCAUCAAAAAGUGAUACCAAUCCCAGAGCCAAAAAUCAGCCUCAACAAUAAUAAUGUGAUUCAUAAAAGCUCACCCGAUAUUGCUCAUGUUACAAAAAUUUGUGUGGGAACUCUUGAACCGCCAUCGCAUAUUCCAAGACCUGUACAUGUUCAGCAGACACCUUCAGUAUCAAAAAUCUCACGAAUUCCUGAACCUCGAAAAUAUUCCGAUCAGAAUCAUAGCACGACAAAUAUUAUAGAAGUAGCGCCAAGGAAGUUUUCACAAGUUGAGGUAAGUAGAAGAUUAGUCUACCUAGGGGAUAUCUAACCUAAGGAACAACACAAUUUUUUCAGAACACCACAUCACAUUCAAAAUUACCAACUCGAAUGGUUCAACCAAUGCAACUUCAGCGAAGAAUUGUUACAGAUUUUUGA